GGCGCGGGCGGCCGGGUGCUGGCGGCAGAGGAAGUGUGGGGGGCUGCGGCGGGGGGCCCUGCCACCCGCCAACCCCAGCAUGGGCUGGGUGGGGGGGAGGGCAGCCCCCAGCCUGCCCCGGUUUGGUGUCCCACCAAAACCCUGGCGCCGCUGCCACCAAGCCCUGUGCAAUGGAGGUGUCCUCGCGCCCCGGCUUUGUGGCGGAGCUGGUGCUUCAGCCACGGUGUUUCCUCCCUGUGCUGUCUUUCGGCUGGUGCCCGGGCUGGUGGGCGAGCAUCCCCUCUUCCCCGCAGGUGAGGACGAUGGCCAGCCCAGAGGACGACCUCAUCGGCAUCCCCUUCCCCGAGCACAGCAGCGAGCUGCUGAGCUGCCUGAACGAGCAGCGGCAGCUCGGGCUCCUCUGCGAUGUCACCAUCAAGACGCAGGGGCUGGAAUAUCGCACCCACCGCGCCGUCCUGGCCGCCUCCAGCCGCUACUUCAAGAAGCUCUUUGCCGGGCCAGGGCCGGGGCAGGAGGUCUGUGAGCUGGACUUUGUGGGGCCGGAGGCGUUGGGCGCGUUGCUGGAGUUUGCCUACACGGCCACGCUCACCAUCAGCAGCGCCAACAUGGGCGAGGUGCUGCGGGCCGCCCGGCUGCUGGAGAUCCCCUGCGUGAUCGCCGCCUGCGUGGAGAUCCUGCAGGGCAGCGGGAUGGAGGCACCCGGCCCCGACGACGGCGACUGCGAACGCGCCCGACGCUACCUGGAGGCUUUCGCUGCCCUCCCUGAGGGCGAGGCGCCCCCCCCACCGCCCCCCCGCUCCCGGCUCAACAACCACACCGAGGAGCCGCCCGCCGAGGCCGAGGGCUGUGGCAGCCCCCCGCUGCCCCCCGGGCCGCCCUCGCCCCCCUUACCCGAGGGGCUGCCCCUGCCCUACGACAGCUUCGAGCUGCCCGAGGAGGAGGAGCUGCCCCCGCACCCCUUCCCCUUCCCCUACCAGCCCUCCCUGUCCCCCGAGGAGGCCGGCUCUGACGAGGACGCCAUCGACCCCGACCUGAUGGCGUACCUGAGCUCGCUGCACCACGAGUCGCUGGCGCCCGGGCUGGAUACGCCCGACAAGCUGGUACGCAAGCGCCGCUCACAGAUGCCCCAGGAGUGCCCUGUCUGCCACAAGGUCAUCCACGGCGCCGGCAAGCUGCCCCGCCAUAUGCGCACGCACACAGGCGAGAAGCCCUUCGCCUGCCAGGUCUGCGGGGUCCGCUUCACACGGAAUGACAAGCUGAAGAUCCACAUGCGCAAGCACACGGGCGAGCGGCCCUACUCCUGCCAGCACUGCAGCGCCCGCUUCCUGCACAGCUACGACCUGAAGAACCACAUGCACCUGCACACGGGAGCCCGGCCCUACGAGUGCUACCGCUGCCACAAGGCCUUCGCCAAGGACGACCACCUCCAGCGGCACCUCAAGGGCCAGAACUGCCUGGAGGUGCGGACCCGCCGCCGCCGCCGCGACGAGCCGCCCCCACCGCCUGCCGGCCCCCCCGGCCUCGACCUCUCCAACGGGCGCUUGGAGGGGCUGCGCCUCUCCAUCGCCCGUUACUGGGGUCCCGUACAGCCCAAGGAGGAAGAGGAGGAAGCAGAGGGCGAGGAAGGGCCGCAGCCGGACGGCGCCGUGCCGGUAGAGACGGCGUAGAGCCACCGCCAUGGCGGGUGGCGGUGCCGAGCCGUGCCCGCCGGGGUU